AUGCAAUUGGUGUCUGAUUUUGUGAGCGCAAAGUACCUAUAUGAAAAGGUACAUAUAAAUAAGAUAAUUUCAAAAAAUUAUAAAGAAAUAACAAAAAAAAAUGAAAUCCCACCAUUUGAAGAUGAAAUAAGAACCUUUACAAAUAUUAGAAACAGUAUUUUAACAGAACAAUACAAAGGAUCAAAUGAUAAGUUGUUAAAAUUAUAUAAAGAAUAUUUAUUUUAUUUUGAUAUAUUUAAAAAAAAAAAAUUAUUAAAAGACAAUAAUAUAUUAAAUAGUAAUAGUAUAUAUGAAAAAAAUAAAAAAGUAGAAUAUUUAUUUGAGCAAGAAAAUAUAAUCAUAUUAUUCAAUAUAUGUAUGUUAAAAUGUACCUUAUUAAAAUUUCAUAAAAAUUCAAAUGACAUGAAACUGUUAAAUAAAAUAUCUAAUAAAGUUGUAGAUAUAUUUAAUUAUUUAUUUGAAAAUAUGAAUAAUGAUAAUUUAACAGAAUUAUCAGAUAUCAAUUGUGCUAGUACUUAUAUAUUUUUAUGUAUGGCUUUGGCAUAUCAUGAAAAUAUGUUUUAUAACACUGCUAUAUUAAAAAAAUGUAAAAGAAAUUUAUUAUCAAAAUUAAGUUAUAAUAUAUAUACAUAUUUUAAUAAUGCAUUAUAUUGUUUAGAUGGGAAAAUGCUUGAUGUCUUUAAGAACGCAACCAAAUUUUCAGUUGCAAAAGGUAAUAUACAUUAUAUAAGAAAUGUAAAUAAUUCAUUUUAUAAUUUUGUUUUAAUAAAUAAGAUAAUUUUUAUUAGCAUUAGUAAUUAUCAUUGUGCUUUAAAAUAUGCGCAAUUAAAUCAAGAAAUUGAUGAUAUAAAUAUUCAAAAAUAUGAAGAAGACAAAAUUGGAGAAAUUAUUUGUAGAUUAAAAUAUAGUUUAGAUAAUGUAAAUAAUGGAAUCGAAAUUUGUAAAAAGAAUAAUUUUAAUAUGAAUUUUUCAGAAUUAAAAGAAAAAAUUAUUAAAUCCUUAAAUUUUUUUGAACAUGAAAAUAAAAAUAUAUAUUUUGAGGUUAUACCAACAUAUGAUAAGUUAGAUAAAUUAAAAGGAACUGAAGUUGUAAAAGUCAAAGAUAUAGAUAUAUCAGAGAUUUAUAUAAAAAAAAAUAUUUCUAACGAUUUAAAAUUAUUAUUUAACAAACAAGCUCAAAAUAUUUAUUAUAAAUAUAAUGGAGAAUUAACACAAAUAUAUAAUUUGUUUGAAAAAAACUUUACUGUUUUAAAUGACCAAUUUAAAGUAAUGAAUAUAUCAAAUCGAAAAAAUAUUAUAUCAUCUCUUAACAAUGCAAUUAUAAAUUCAUAUAAUAAAAUCAAAGAUUAUUAUAAACCUGCUAUUUAUUAUAAUAACUUAAAUGCCCUGCAUAAUGUAGAAACACAUUUACAAGAAAUAAUAAUUCAAAUCGAAACAAAUUUAAAUACAGAACAUAAAAAUAAUUUUGAAUUUCAAAAAAAAUAUAUUAAUAUUGGAAUAAAUCAAGAAUCUCUUAAUUCAUAUAAUUCAUUUUUACAACAUGUAACAAAUUUUAAAACUUCUUUAGAACAGCUUCGAAAAAAUAUAGACACUUUUAAAAAAUUUCUGGAAAAUAAUCAUGAAAAUUUUCAAAUAUGUGAAAUGGAAAUAUCUGGAUUUUAUAAAUAUGUAAUAGACAAUCUCAAUAUUUCCACUAAUGUAAACAUUGAAUCAUUAGACAGCAUCUAUUUAUAUUAUCAAUCAAUUUUAUCAGAAGAAAAUGAAACCCUAAAAAAAGAAAACGAACCAAAUAAAAUGGAUGAUUCUUCUUCUCUGAACAUUGAAAAAAAAUUUCAAUAUAAUAAUUUACCGUCACUAGUACAUACUGAUUUUCAAAGUUUUUUAAAAGAAAAUAAUAUAAUUAUUAACAUAAAUAAAAAUUUAGAUAAAAAUAACUUAUUUCACUAUGAUAAAUUAAAUAACUAUAUUAAUGUCCAUUCAGAAUAUAAAUUAUUUUUUGUUCUCGUAUCAAUAUAUUUUUCAUUAAGCAUACAACUAAAAAAAUUUUCAUAUCAUUUACACGAUUUGAAAUAUAGCAUUAAAGAUGAAUUUUUGAAUUCUAUAACGGAGGAAAAAGAUAGUGACAAAUUGAAUGAAUUGUUGGAAAAGGAAAGGGAAAUAUUAGCUAUGAAAAAAGAAAAACUCGAAGAAAUUGUAUCAUCAUUUGAAAGGGAUCUUAAUAAGUUUUAUGAUUAUUUUCAUGAAUAUAGCAAACUUGAUAAUUUCAAAACAAUUGAUAACUUUAACAUAUUUUUAAAAGAAUUAAUGGAAAACUGUAAAAAACUUAACACCAUACAUGAACGACAUUCCCAUACUUUGAAAAAUUCGCUCAUGCUUAAAGAUGAUGUAAACAAGUAUAUAUAUAUGCGGGAAAGCGAACGGUCAAAUAUAAGAAUACAACAAAUACCCAAUAACUGCCCAAAGAAUGCUCAUAAUAGUCAUAAGCCUUUUUAA